AUGAAUCCCAUCAAAGAGAUACAAAAUUACUAUGAUUAUGACUACCCAGACACAACUGAUACCCCAACAGUGUCUUCACCAUCAUGCAGAGAUACGAUGUGUGUGAUCUUAGCAACAGCCAAUGUGAUCAUCUUUGUGCUGGGUGUCACUGGAAAUGGUCUAGUGAUGUGGAUCGCUGGAUUCAGCAUGAAGAAGUCGGUCAACACAACCUGGCACCUCAGCCUGGCCAUGUCUCACUUCCUGUUCUGUGCCUUCCUGCCAUUUUAUGUCAUCUAUAUGGUUAAAGACAACUGGGUCUUUGGGUUUUUCUUGUGCAAGCUCCAGUCCUUCAUCAUGUUCAUUAACAUGUUCAGCAGCAUCUUCCUCCUCCUCAUCAUCAGCGUGGACCGCUGUGUGGUCAUUAUGUUUCCUGUCUGGGCACAGAACCAGCGCUCUGUAAAAACGGCCUCUGUGAUAGUCAUGCUGGCUUGGAUUGUCUCAGCACUGCUUAGCACACCAUCAGCCAUUUACCGGAACAUCAAGGAAGAUCACAUGACUACAAUAAAAACGUGUUACUACAGAUACACAGAUGUUAAGAAUCAAGACCAUAUUGCCAUUGUAGUGUGCCAAUUCAUUUUUGGAUUUGUGAUCCCAUUCCUGGUCAUUGUCACCUGUUAUGCUGUCAUCAGCCGAAAGCUGAAGACCAACCAGAUGGCAAAGUCCAAAAAGCCAUUUAGGAUCAUGACAGUGCUGAUUGUUUGCUUUUUUAUCUGCUGGUUUCCUUUUCAUACUGUUGCUUUCAUGGAACUUGACACUAAAUAUCACAGUCUUGUUCCCACUGGACAAAACAUUGCUGCCGCUCUAGCCACUGCAAACAGUUUUAUGAACCCAUUUCUUUAUGCUUUCAUGGGGAAGGAUUUUAAGAGGAACUUUUAUGCAAUUCUGUCGAAGAUUGAGAGUGCAAUCGAGGAGGAGUGA